UCCCUGAAUGUGAGGACACCCCCUUGUUCUCCCCACCAUGGAUCCUGAACGCGGUGCCGUCGUCAGGGGACUCCUUCGACAACUGCCACCGUUUUACAAUGAACAUGUCACGGAACAAUGAAUCCUGUUCAGCAGACUUGUUCAAUAGGAACACGUCGGUGCAAUGCCAGGAUUAUGUUUAUGAGCAUAAGAAUUCGGCUUAUUACGAGUUUGGUCUGGCCUGCGACGACUGGCGCCCGACUUUGAUCGGCUCGGCCAGAACCCUGGGCUACAUGUUCUGCCUACCGAUGAUGGGUCUCAUCUCCGACCGCUGGGGCCGGCGGCUCGCCCUCGCCCUUACCACCUUCAACUCCGUUUGGAUCGGAAGUCUGGCAUAUUUCUCUGGCUCCUACAACUGUUACAUAUCUAUAUCGUUUGUAGAGGCUCUGUUUGGAGCGUGUACUUUUUCCAGUGCUUAUAUUUUAGCUGUGGAAUAUGUGGGGCCAAAAUACCGUGUAGCAACCGGUGUCACUAUGAGCACUUGCCUUGCGGUAGGACAAACACUUUUGGGUGCAAUAGCCUGGACGGAACCUUAUUGGAGACAUCUAAUCCUCAUGCUCUACUUGCCCCAAUUUAUUUUCGUGAUCUACUUUUGGAUCGCACCGGAAUCUGUUCGAUGGCUGAUCAGCAAGGGCCGGUACGAAGAAGCCUUAACCAUCUUGAAAAAAGCUGCUAAAAUGAAUGGAAGUGCUUUGUCAGAAACGACUUUGAAAGAGUUCUCGGAGUUAAAAGAUGUUGUGACUAAGGAAAAAGAUACAACGGAACCUUGGUUAAUUUGUCUGGUGUUCAGACAUAAACCAAUUUUAUUGCGUUGUUUGGUGACGCCGGUGUGGUGGAUCACUUGUAUUCUAAUGUACUACGGUCUGACGAUAUCUUCUGUAGGGAUAUCAGGAAACAGAUACAUCAACUAUUCAGCGUGCAACGCCAUUGAGAUCCCGGGGUAUUGGACCGCCGUGCUGCUUUUAAACAGGAUUGGGAGGAAGGGUGUAUUGGCCGCAGGAUUUUUGAUAAGUGGAGCCUGUCAGAUUGCGUUUAUAUUUGUGUCUGGCGGCAACUACUGGCUUUCCCUGACAGUAUACCUGAUCGGCAAGAUGUGCGUAUCCGGCGUGAUAACAUCUCUGUACGUGUACACCGCUGAACUGUAUCCCACGCGGUACCGGUCCAGUCUCUUCGCGUAUUCCUCCAUGAUUGGAAGAGUUGGGGGUAUCUUAGCGCCGCUCAUGCCUGGAGUUGCAGCAGUGGUGUGGGUGCACCUCCCGUUCCUGGUGUUCGGCGUGCUGGCGCUGGUGUCCGGCCUGCUGGUGCUGCUGGCGCCGGAGACCCUCGGAGCACCCUUGCCGGACUCCAUGGAGGAGGCUGCUAACCUCGGCAAGGAGUCACCUGUACUGCAGUGGUUGAAGACGCUAAUGUUUAGAAGCAAAAGUUAUACAAUUAAAUAAAAUAGAAAAGACUGUAAGAAUUAAGGAAUAUUUAGGAAAUCACAGUCUGUUGCCUCAUUCAAGAAGAAGUUCA